AUGGGCUGCGGCUUAAGGAAGCUGGAAGACCCGGAGGACAGCAGCCCGGGCAAGAUUUACUCCACUCUGAAAAGACCACAGGUGGAGACCAAAACCGACACUGUUUACGAGUAUGUGCUGCUGGAUUUUAGCCUGGAAGGCAGUCGGCCCACAGUGCAGUAUGUGUCGUCUCUGUGUGAGCUGCCUCAGGCCCUGCAGCCGUACUACACACAGGGGUACGUCCUGACCACGCUGCACCCCAUCAUCCUGUCUGUGGGACGGAGCCGCGCUCUGCCGUUCAGCCUGCUGUACCGGGCCAUCCUCGCCCGUCCCAGACUGAGUAAGCAGACAGCCGCCAUGUGCCAUAGUGUUCCCGUGCUGAGAGUGGAGGAGUGGCCUUUACCCGGAGACUCACUGACCGGAGACACUGUCCGAGCGCUUAUCGACCGGGUGAACAGCAGUGCUCGAGGGGGUGUUCGUUUUGUUGGCUCUGUCCUGCAGCAGGUGAGUGGCGUCUCUAACGGCCGAGUCCACAGUCCAAAAAGAAGCUGUCGUUCUCCUCCUCGCACUCCCCCUCGCACCCCCCCAGGAGACGGAGACCUCGAGGAGCACGCAUACAGUCCAGACUUGCGGUUACUGGUCUUCUUCCACUCGUGGGCCCCCGGCUGUGCCCCUCUGGACUCUCUGGGGUGUCAGUACCACCAGGGGGCACUGUCCAUGCGGGUAGCCAGAAAGGGCCAGGUGGUCAGUUCCCUGGAAGCUGAUUGGCUGGAACUGACAGCGGCCUACUACCGCAAAGGAUGGUCAUUGGUGGACUCGUUUGUGUAUUGGGACACACCCAAAGGAGAGCCUGUGCCCAGAUCACUGGAGGGGCUGUUCGUGUACGAAGAGAGAAGCACAGCGCCCCCUGCCAACGACACUAUAGUGGUGGAGCAAUGGACAGUCAUUGAGGGAUCCAAUGUGAAGACAGACUACGGGCCGCUCCUCCACACACUGGCAGAGUUUGGUUGGCUUCUCACAUGUGUUCUGCCUACGCCCAUUAUCCGACAUGACAGUGACGGCAACCUGGCCACCAAGCAAGUUGUGUUUCUACAAAGACCAGUGAGAGGUCAGAUUGCAGCUCAACAGAAGAACAAGUCACUAUUUGUUCACAGUGAAGUCUCCAGUCGCUCUGUGAGCAGGUCCUUGGGGAGCCCGGUCUCCCCACAGGACCUCUCCCCUUUGGGAGGGAUUGGGGGGUUCCCAGUGUUUGGUGGGGGAUAUCCCAGCUCCCUGUCCCACAUGGAGGAGGGCGUCUUCGAACCUGAAGAGGGCAAAGCUGAGGUCACCUGUAUGUGA